ACUGAUGACAACCCUUCCUACCGCAGGGGGGUAUCGACCGCCCAGUAUGGAUAUCAGGUGAUUCUAGGAUUGGGGUUUGGGCUCACCCUGACAAGUCUGGUCAUAAUCUCGCGGCUGGAGGUCGACGCGAGCGAUCUCGCAAUUAUGAUGGGUGCCGUGACGCAGGUGCGUGUGCUCGGAGGCACCGUUGGUGUCUCGAUCGGGCAGACGCUGCUGACUCGAUGUCUGCGGAGAGAGCUGCCAGGCAUCCUCUCGCCUCAUGAGAUGAGCGUCCUACUGUUGGAUGUAGCCAGUAUGGAUGAGCUGAGCCCUGCCAAGCAAGCUGCUGUGGGGGCCGUCUACGGACAUGGGUUCAAUCAGCAGAUCCAAUUGGUCUUGUACCUCACGGGGGCGUGCUGGAUCUGUGUGCUUGGGACAUUCAAGAGACUGCCAGUGGACUUUAAGGAGGCAGACAGGAUGCAACCGCACAACCGGGACUUGAAUCAUGCCCAAGAGGCAGGGUAAUUAGUGUCGUUCAGUUCUGGUGGACUAAACUAUUCUACU